AUGGCGACCUCAUUGAACCCUGUAGUAGGUCAGAAGCGUAAACGCAAACCUGGCAAACGUUGUGUUGUCAUGUUUUGCGACAAAACCAAUGAAGACGGUCUGAGCUUGCGCCAAUUUCCGAGGGAUAAUAUCUUAUGCCAGAAAUGGAAUAAGUUCGUUCUGAUGAAGCGGGAMGGAAAAGGGUGGUCACCAGGAACGGGUCACGUCUGCAGUGAUCACUUCUUGCAAAGCGAUUAUGAGAGUUAUGGGGCGAAACUGGCAGGCUUUUCUAGCAAACUUGUUUUWAAAAAAKGAGCUGUUCCGUCGAUUCAGCCAAACCCGACCCCCGAGCAACUUYAGAAGGCUCGAAAAAUUUCUCUCAGUACRCCAUCGCCUGUUACUUSGAAAGACACCGAAGGUACGCCGCGAACUUCAAGAAGGGGAAAUGCUCUCACUAAACUUAGCGCCCAGCGGACCAUGAAGCAGAUCGAGUUUAUACCUGAGAGUGAAAGUCAAAGAGCAGAGAGCGUUGGCACUGAUGAUACGCUGCAAUCAGCUGAUUCUCUCAGCCUGGCAAGCUCUGUGGAAUCGGAAAACAAAAGACUAUUCCCGUUAACAGCAAACAAGGCCACGCAAAAAAGUUUUAGGAGACCUGAAAGAAGAAGUAGGGGUAAGUAA